AUGCAUCUCUCAGACAUCGGAAAGCUUGUCGGCGUGGCCAUGGCUGGGUUAUCUAUUGCCCACCCUGGUGCCCACGAGCCUAGCUUGUACACCGACCUGAGCAAGAGGGACUUCUUGCACCAUGCUCGCCGGAGUCUCGACAAGUGCUCUGAUCAGCUGGAGCGUCGUGGUAUCAAUGCUCGCGCCGAAGCUCGUCGCGCUGCCAUCGUCGACAUGUACAGGAAGCGAUCUCUCAACGCUCGUGACACUGACAAGGUUGUGAACACCUCCCACCACUCUUCGCUCCACGUCACUGCCAACACCCGCGAGUCGGAGCUUUUUGCCAAGAACCCCGUCUGUCUGCUCGCCCCCGAGGGAGAAAUUGGACCAUUCUGGGUCAAGGGCGAACUCAUCCGCUCUGACAUCGGCGACGGCGAGCCUGGUAUCCCCAUCAUCUUGGACGGACAGUUUAUUGAUAUCAACACCUGUGAGCCCAUCCAGGACUUGUACUGGGAUGUGUGGAACUGCAACUCCACCGGUGUGUACUCCGGUGUCGACAGCACCAUGAACGGAAACGGAAAUGAUCACGCCAACUUGAACAAGACCUUUUUGCGUGGUAUCCAGAAGACCGACGAAGAGGGCGUGGCUCAGUUCAACACCAUCUUCCCCGGCCAUUAUGAUGGGCGGGCUACUCAUGUGCACGUUGUCGCCCACGUUGGCGCUUCUGUUCUGCCGAACAACACUCUCACCGGCGGUCAUGUUGCUCAUAUCGGUCAGCUGUUCUUUGACCAAGAUCUAAUCUCUGUCGUUGAGGCCACUUACCCCUACAACACCAACACUGUCGAUAUCACUCAGAACGCCGAUGAUCACGUUGUCCAGGUCGAGACUGAGGAUAGCAACUCCGACCCCUUCUUCGAGUAUGCCUAUCUCGGUGACUCCAUCGAGGAUGGUCUGCUUGGCUGGAUCACCCUGGGUGUCAACGUGACUGCGAACCACGAUUCGGCUGCCUCCUAUGCUGCCAGUCUGACUCCUUCUGGUGGUGUGAGCAAUGAUGCCAGCUCCGGCGGUGGACAA